GCAGGACGCAUUAGUUUGCGCCGUGCGCCGUCCAGUACGGAUUUCUUUGCGCUCCUUUAACAGUUUAUAUUGAGUUCAUAUGGAACAAACAGUGUAGUGAUUUAUUGUAAUGUUCACGUUAUGCGCUCAGUACCAUAGCUGUUGUGCCGCUUGAUAUACAUUUAAUACGAGUCUAUUUUGUAGUCUUUUUAAAUGACCAUGGCAAACGCGAAGGUUUGGCUGCUGCUUCUGUUGCGCUUGGCGCUCGUCUCCAUGGGAAGAGGGGAUUGUCCAUUACCUCAACUGACCAGCAGUGUUCUGCUGUCUGAGAGAUCCAUACUGCAAAACAACUUUCCAAACAAUUCUGAAGCUUUUCUGGAGUGUCCCAAUGGAUUUCAGAUAGAGUCAGGGUCGACUUCAAUCUUCUGCCGUGACAGGGAGUGGAGCGCUGUGGAAUUAAAAUGCAAAAAGAUAGACUGUGGAGAACCCAAGCCUUCACCUCAUAUGACCUACAUUCUCACAGAUGGAACGUUGUUUGGUGCUUAUACGAAACCCGUAUGUGAGAGAGGAUACUACCUGGAAGGGUUGAGCUACAGACAGUGUCUUGUAAGGGGCUGGAGUGGAAAAUCUAAGUGUUCAUUGAUGACUUGCCUAAAGCCUGCUGAAAUUGCACAUGGCAAAAUAGUGACGCAGUUGGAAAAAGAGGAUAUAGUCGUGGACGAUAUCAUUGAAUAUUCCUGUAAUGCCAGCUAUGCACUUCAUGGAAACAGGUUCAUCACAUGCAAUGAGGAUGGGAACUACAAUUUACCACCACCAACAUGCAAAAGCACCGAAUGUCAAGUUCCAGAAGUUAAGUCUGGCAUCCAGACUGAAGGAAAUCCCCCUUACUCCAAUAAAAGUGAAGCCAGAUUUAAAUGUGAGCGGGGUUACACAAUGAAAGGUUCAGACACGGCGGUGUGUGUGGAGGGUGAAUGGUCUCCCAUUCCUGAAUGUGUUCAAGAGAAAUCAAAUGCAGCAGAUACCACCACAAAACAGACAACAGCCGGCGUUACCACAAACACAAAAACACCCACAACCAACACCAUUUUAAACGAAAAAAAAGAGGAACACCUCAGUGUUUAUUCACUAAUUGUUGUCAUCGUGGUGGGGUGUCUGUGUUUGACUGUGUUUGUCAUUAUUCUGAUGUUUGUGGUGUUAAUUUGUUGUCAUAAACAAAGAGGUUCAUACAAUACUGGUGAAGGACAGUGGAGAAAAGAAGAAGAAUUAUUACCAUUUCAAAAGCCAAGGGCAAACAAUCGGACCGUUCCUCUGGCCUAGUGUGCACUUUGUGGAUACAGUAUUAACUUCCCAGCUGCAAUAUUUAUAUUCUUAAUGUUGUACUUUUUUUAUUUAAAAAAAUAUGGUAUUUUCUACGCUUUACAAUGUAUUCCAGACAGGAAAAAAUGCACAGAUUAUAUUUUUGUAUAUUUGAUUAAAGUUUGUUUUUACAUUUUA